AUGGCCAACGUUUUUGAUGAUGUAGACCCUACCGUGUUCCGCACAUACGCGUUCUGGGCAUCGGUUCUGGUUCUGAAAACACUUGCCAUGGCAGUGCUAACCGCUCGGAAACGAUUCGCAAAAAAGGCCUUCGCUAAUCCAGAAGACGCCAAGAGCACCCCGGGAGGCAAAGUGAAUCUAGCGGACCCGGACGUCGAACGGGUACGACGAGCGCAUCUGAACGAUCUGGAAAACAUUCUGCCAUACCUGGUGAUUGGUUUUCUGUAUGCGCUCUCCAAUCCGUCCGUAUUCCUGGCCUGCAAUCUAUUCCGAUUGGUCGGCAUCGCUCGCAUCGUUCACACGCUGGUGUACGCCGUUUUCGUAAUUCCUCAGCCGGCACGUGGCUUAUCCUGGGCAGUCGGAUAUUUCAUCACCGCCUACAUGGCCGUUCAAACGAUGCUCAAAUUUUGGUAG